AUGCAGAGUCAUAGCAAUUUCGGCGAUAAAUACCGUUUCGGUGAUAAAUACCGGCAGCGGCGCCAGGCGAACGGGGCGUGGGGGGAGCGGGCCGAACUGCGAAGGCUUAAACAAGCAGAGCGUGAGGCAGCUCAAAGAGCUGCUGAGACACCAGAGCAGUCCCAAGAUAGACGUCGACAGCAUGCUGAGUAUCUAGCAUCUCAACGGGCUGCAGAGACACCCGAACAGUCUCAAGCUCGACGUCAACAGAACGCUGAAUAUCUGGCAUCUCAACGGGCUUCUGAGACACCCGAACAGUCCCAGGAUCGACGUCGACAGCAUGCUGAGUAUCUAGCAUCUCAACGGGCUGCGGAGACACCCGAAGUCCACGCGAACGAAGUCGCGGGCAAAAGCUAG